AUGUACCCCCUCGACUUUCGCUCCCUGGAACAUGCUACAGCACAGCUAAUCACCGUUUAUGAAGCUCUUUACCAGGCUAGCACCAGCCAAUCUGCUGAGCAACUCCUUCUACCGACAUCGGCACCACCAUCGGACUGCCCCACCACUUCUGCUAAUGUGAUUCGACCAACGCCACUUCGCCCUCCCCUGCUCCCGUUGGAGGAUGAUCCGCUCGACUUAUCUUCUCAAAAUCGCCAGAGCGUUAUUCAUAGUGGAAGUCAAUCUCAAACGGCAGUGUGCAACGCGGAACCUGUACUGCCCACAUGUACAGACGGGAACAUGAAUGCGGAAUGGAUUGCGUUGAAACUCGCUGCUUCAGCAGGUAGCAACAGAAUGUCUUAUCCUAGAGAAUUCAAGCUUAUGGUUAUUGACUACUACAACAGCAAUGGACAGAACAAGUACCGUACCUGCAAAGAGUUUCAGAUCACAAAAUCUAUGCUGAACGGAUGGCUAUCAAAGAUAGAGAAAAUCCGUGAAUCGCGGCCAGGAUCACUGAAAUCCGGCAGGAGCGGGCGAAGACCUCAAUUCCCUGACAUUGAAAGGCAACUAUUCUCUUUGUAUUGUCAACGAAUCGAAAAUGGCAGUAAAGUAGGGAAUCGCUGGUUGCGAGAACGAGCUCGAGAACUCGCUGGGGACACUAACGCCCCCUGUCAAUUUUCGGAGCGAUGGUUGAGCAACUUUAAAAAGCGGUUUCGCAUAAAUGUACAGCGUGAAAAUGACUCCGUCAACGAUUCACAGUCAAACCAUUCUUUAUCCAGUGAAAAGCAGACUUUCUCAGACGUUGAAAUGGAGUCUUUCGUCGACCGCAUUGACGCCGAAAAUGGGAUUCGCAAAGAUGUUGUAGCCGAGAUUGUUAACCAACCUGGACAACUACCUAUUCAGGCUUUUUACGAGAAAUUCCCUUGGUUGUGCAAGAAAGGAACGCAAGUGGAGCCUGGAAGAAGGGGACGAAAAGUGCAAUUCCCAGACGUAGAACGAGUGCUUUACGAACGUCUAGUGGAGAAACAAAAAAGUGGCGAACGCGUUUCAAAUCGUUGGCUGCAGGAUCAGGCUCGCGAUCUAGCCACCGAAUUGUGCCCAGGAAUUCUAGAAGAGGCCAUCAAGUCCUCAAGAUGCUUAUUCUCCGAACACUGGCUUCAUAAUUUUAAGAAACGCUACGGAAUCUGCCUCAAAUACAAAUCCACUUCACUUGAACGUGGUCAGGAAAGUACACCCACUUCGACACAGGUGUCACCAGUUCCCUCAGCUGAGGCUAUAGACGCGAACCUCACUGUGCUUCAUUUACACAAUUGGUUCAUGAACCAAUGUUAUGCGCCACCACUUUGGUCACCGACGCUGUGUCAAGCAGUUCUUCUAUGUUUAAAGCUGACUAUAAGAUGUAACAUCAAAAUGCAUGCUGCUAGGAUCGUUCUACGCCAGAUUUCGCGACAUUGUCGUGGUUUUUCAUCGACGAGUUCCACUUCAGUUGAAUCAGUUGCUUUGCAUAGAAUGAUGCCAUCGGAAGAUUUUCUGAAUAAGUUCGUAAAACGACCAUCUCAACGCGACAAACUCUCCACACUGAUUUCAGAGUUAGAUAUAUUCAUGGAUAUGUUUGGAAAGGAUUCUUUACCCGAAUUUAACGAUUCCAUCUGGACCACAUACUUUCAAAUUUGGUCUGCUGAAGAACGUAGUGAAUUCCUCUAUGAUUUGCGGCGAGACGAGAAGAAGACAAAUUCGCAACCAUCGGUCAAUGUAGAAAGGGAGAAGAUAUCAGUUAUAAACAAGCAAAGGGAGGGGAAUGGCGAGAUUGUGUAUGCUCCCGGAUUCAAUAGCCUUAUAGAACUUAGAGGACAGGAGUUUCGAGAAAAUAUUGACCACAUGUAUGGCAGUCGAUUACUUUCCAUGGAAAGAUGUGACGAAAAGCUCCCUAACCUCGUUAUAGAUUGUCGCUUUCUUUCAGAGUUCAGUGCUGCAGUUCAAUCUAGUUUUGCAAAACAAAUCCAGGCUUUGCACGAUUCUAAUUGGACCUCACGUCUGCCAUUCAAUAUUACGCUGGCAAAUUUUCGACCAGAUAGUCAGCUUGCAGUUAUUGCAAAGAGGCACUGGUACUUCCAUUAUGGUCCUCCUUCGGCUUCCACGUCCUUUUCUCCCCAUGUUUUUGCCCCCAAGUUGACAACUAAGAGCGUGAUUGAUGCUUCUGAUGCGGAACGUUCAGGCAUCAUGUACAUAUCUUGGCGUUCAAGGCAGUUUCUUCCUGAAGUGCCCCCACCGAACAUUCGUGCUGUAGUUCUUUGCGCCAGUAACGAUUUCCAACCGUGGUCAAGUAGCGUUUCAGCAGCGCAGAAAGAUGGCAUCUCAGCAUACCGAAUACCUCUUGAAAGGCAUAUCAGAUUCGAAGGAAUCAGCAAAGUGCUUCCCCUUAACGUAUCUUCCUCUAUAUUACGAGCCUACUUCCGAGGUGACGAUCUCGGUUCAGCGAUUCGCACAUCAAUAGUAUUUCCUUCAAAGAACGCUCAACUUAGUGAGAAGGAAGGAAGAGAACUGUUGGAGCGAUACAAAGCCGUUAUACAAGAAGCCGAAGCGAAAACAGAAGUUGGAAAACGUCCUUUGUUCAAGAAAACUGGAGAUUUUCAAGAAAUCCCUAAGAAGACUAAAGUGCAUCGUUACUCUAGAGAAGAGAGAAGAAGGAUGAGGGAAGGUACUUCACAAAGCGAAUCUAUCCCUCACCAUUAA